ACUACGCAUGUCACAUUGAGCCGGAAGAGUUGAAAAAGUAGUAUUUCACUCUAAUUUCAGAAAUAUUUAUGAGCAAUAUAGUCAAAUAAAUCAUACAGUAUAUUGAUAAUAUUGAACCAGCACCAUGAACAGCUGCUGCUUCAUCUGUGUAUUUGCUGUGCUGAUAAACAAAGUGUGUCUGCAGGUUGCAGUAGAGGGUUUUAUUGGUGGUUCUGUUGUCCUACUGUGUUCUUCAGCUCAACAUGAUCAUAAACUUCAAGACAUUGAUGUGAGCUGGAGACACAAUGGCAGCAAAAUUGUAUUUGAUAUAAUUCCACACAGUAAUUCAACAGUGACACAGGUUCCAGAGUACAAGAACAGAACUGAAUCUUUCCCUCAGGAGUAUCUGAGAGGAAACUUCUCCAUCAAACUGAACAAUCUUCAACACACUGAUGCAGGACAAUACAUCUGUUACAUCACACACUCAUCUGAAUAUCAGACUGUACAGCUGAUCAUCAAUGGAUCAAUAUCCACUAAACAAGGAAACCAAGGAGGAACAGAACAGGAGGAAAAGGGGCCAUCACUGCCUUUGCUCUUGAUUUGCAUUAUAUUACCUGUAUUAUUGGUUAUGUUUUCUUUAGAAAAAAGUACCCAAGCAGCCAGAGGGCAGCUGGAAAAGGCAUGAGUUUGGCCACUCUUGAAUCAGUAUAAAUCAGGCUGAUAAUCAUGAUGAAGUAGUUAAAUAAAUAGCUUUACUUUCUUGCAGCAGUGGCAGGAGAAUUUGCAUUAAACAUGGAGGCAUGAAGUAUCUGCCUUCUCUCUUUUGUUCACCUUGUAAUGUAAAUAUUCUGUGAUUAUCAACACAUAAGUACAUUUUUGGAUAAUGUGACAGUUAUUUCUGGACAUGUCAGUCUUUGUUUGCUGAGUAAUGGUGCUGACCUUAAUUUGAAUGCUAAUCAGUGCAGAAUUUGGUCAGACUGCACUAACUUCUAAUAUGUAAAAUUUGGUAUGAACCCAGCUAAACAGAUUUUUGUUAUAAGAACAUCUCUCAAGAUCUGAUUAAACAACUCCACAAACAGCAUUUCCAGCUUCAAUUAUUACUAACCAGAUUGAAUUUAUUUCUGUCACACAUCUACAGAGGUUCUUAUUGAGAAUUAACAGAGGUUAAGACGUUAAUCUCUUAUUGAAAAUGUUUCGGUUGAGGUUAUCAUCAUGGAGAUCAGUGUUUUAGUUAGGCUCUUGACCCUUGACUUUUGUUGUGUUUUUUGUUUUGCAAUGAUUACUGGUGUUUUCAGAAACAUUGUUCCGUUGAUAAAGCAGGUCAACAUGUCUGUUUUAAUAACAGACAAAUUAUUACAUUAAAGGAGUUUAAUGACUGGAUUUUUUCAGUACUGUAGUUGUUAUUGUUCUGUACUAAAUGUCAUUAAGAGAUAUAAAGUUCAACCAAUGCGAAAAUAAAUAAUU